UCUCUUUGGACUAGUCCAGCUACGCCCAAAUUACUCCCUCUAUAUAUAACAUUUUUAGGGUUAGGGUUUUCCGUUGCGGCAGCUUUAACCUCCUCUUCAUCCCCAAGCUCUCAUACCCUCGUCUUCGUCGAAGAACUUCUCGCAGUCACCAUGGGUAAGACACGUGGUAUGGGAGCUGGUCGCAAGCUGAAGUCCCACCGUAGGAGGCAAAGGUGGGCUGAUAAGUCGUACAAAAAGUCCCACCUUGGAAAUGAAUGGAAGAAGCCAUUUGCUGGGUCUUCCCAUGCAAAGGGCAUUGUCCUUGAGAAGAUAGGCAUUGAAGCUAAGCAGCCAAACUCUGCUAUCAGGAAAUGUGCUAGAGUUCAACUAAUCAAAAAUGGGAAGAAGAUUGCCGCAUUUGUUCCCAAUGAUGGUUGCUUGAACUACAUAGAAGAAAAUGACGAGGUUUUGAUUGCUGGAUUUGGACGGAAGGGUCAUGCCGUCGGUGAUAUUCCUGGUGUUAGAUUCAAGGUCGUGAAGGUUUCUGGUGUCUCCCUCCUGGCUCUCUUCAAGGAGAAAAAGGAGAAGCCUAGGUCGUAAGUAAGUUUGUGGGGAGAGGUUAUUUUCUGUAUUAGGUGGCUUUGUUAAAGAAUUGGGAUUUUACUUCCUUUUAUCUUUCGAAUUUUGUGAACUAUCUUUAUUAAUUUCUAGUUCUUACAUCGAGUUUUGGACUA